CAGUCGAAAAGGAAGCUGGUGAUUGCUUGGCUCGAUCUCACCAACGCAUUCGGAUCAAUACCUCAUCCGAUACUGAACAGCCUGUUCGAAAGCCUCCCGAUACCAGACGAACUUCGCCGCAUUCUGACCGAUAUCUACUCAAACAACAUCAUGGACUUUGCCGUCGGACAAGACUCAGUUCAAAUCCAUCCAACAGCCGGAGUCCGACAAGGAGAUCCAUUAAGCAGCGUCGUCUUCAAUCUGGCGGCAGAACCGAUCAUCAGGACAGUAAAAUCAAACAACAACGGGUUCGCAGUCUACCAGUCAAGAGUGUCCACUUCGUCCUAUGCAGACGACAUUGCCAUCGCAGGAUCUUCAGUCAGCGAAAUCCAGGGAACUCUCAAUGCCACCGAGAACACGGCAACCUCACUCGGCUUGAGAUUUAAUCCUAACAAAUGCACGUCACUCACACUCAUUAAUGGCAAAUCUUCUGUAGAUAACCCACUGAAACUCGGAGACUCCCAAAUAAGGGCCCUAGCCGAGGACGAACAGGAAAACUAUCUAGGGACUCCACUAGGCUCACGACUAACCUUCCGACCCACCACGUCACUUCUCGGAAAUUUGAUAAAGAUUGGCGACUCCGGUUUGGCUCCCUGGCAAAAGCUGGAAGUGUACAGAAGUGUACUACUCCCAUCACUUUCCCACCACCUUGCAUCGGGAAGAGUCGAGAAAAGAUCCCUCUACGACCUGGACGUCGCCUGCAGAGAUUUCCUUCGCAAGGUAGCCUGUGUCCCUAUGUCCGCUAACACUGCUUUUUUCUACUCAGAUCGCCGCGUGGGAGGACUUGGAGUUCUCCCCCUCACAGACGAGGCUGACAUUUGGACCCUGGCAAGAGCACUGCAACUCCUAGAUAGCAAAGACAAGAACGUCAGUGAAGUGGCAAUGGCACAACUAGAAGAAACCAUCAAAUUGGGAUACGGCAGGAACGAGGUCCCCUUUCCACUUCCUAUUAACGAGUACUUGGCAGGUUCCAUGGAAAAGGGACUUGGAGCAAUCCGACAUGGAGGAGCAUCGAUGAACCUUUGGACCCGCGCAAGGAAGGCCUCGGGCUGUUUGAAGAGGAUAAGGAUUGAUGUAUCCGGCGAAGAGUACAGCAAAGUUAUCGCCGAUGACAUCUCCACAAUCUCCAUCAAGGCAGUCAGAGGACUCCGAACCGCGAUGAGGCAAAGGUGGACCAGCAGACUCCUGUCAGCUCAACAAGGAAAGACGGCAACCGGAUUAGCUCUUGACAUGGCCAAGGAGAACGCAGGUCUCUUAUCAUGCCGAACGCCACUGUCCUUCCAGGAAUGGCACUUUCUCCACAAGGCGAGACUAGGGAUACUGCCAGUCCGAGGACUGAUGGCGGAGGAAACGGAGAAACUUGGCCACACCGUCUCCGUCAACCUCGCCGUGGACAACUCCGGACUCAGACCAGACCUGGUGGUCACUUCCACCAACCCUCCCAUCAUCAUCGACGUCACGGUUCCACUCAGCAGCGCGGAUGGACUCGAGAAGGCACAGGCAAGGAAAAUUGAAAAGUACAAACACCUUGGUGUGGUACUCCCUCUCGUGGUUGGUUCACUAGGGUCCUGGCUCCCAAGCAACGAUGAGAUAUGUCUUGCCCUGGGAUUCUCGGGUAGAAAAUGGCAGAGCCUCAAGAAGAAGAUGAAACUACUGGCCAUCCAAGGAACAACCCAAAUCAUAGCCAAACACCUGGCAUACCAGACCGAAGCAAGCGAUCCCGAACCCGAAGAAGAAGAAGCAGAAGAGGGCGCAAGUCCUCCCUCUUCCUCAAACUAAGGGUUUUUUAACGUAGCGUUGACACGUCGUCUCGCGAACUUUUUCCCU